AUGGACGUUGCCCGUAACAAUCUUGAUGGGAGCAUGGGAACAUGGAUAUGGACAAGCUUGUCCGGAUUAAAGUAUCUCAUUUUACGCUCGAACAACUUCGAUGGAGAAUUAAAUCCAUCCAUCUGCCAACUCACCUCUCUUCAAAUCUUGGAUCUCUCAAACAACAGGUUCUCAGGGGUAAUGCCCAGCUGUGUAGACAGUUUUACUGCAAUGACUACAACACGAAGCCUUCCUGAAGGUAAAUUCGACUAUGGAGCACCGGGAUAUUCAUUUUACUAUGGAGAAACAGGAUAUUCACUUCACCCGAGAGCAUUUAUAGAGAGUGCAUCGAUCAACAUUAAGGGCAACGAACUCCACUACGACACCAUUCUCCCAUUGGUUACAGGCAUCGACCUUUCUGAAAAUAAUUUUUCAGGCGAAAUCCCGAGGGAGAUAACGAGUCUAGUGGAAUUGAAAUCACUCAACCUAUCGGGAAAUAAUUUCACAGGCACGAUUCCGGACAACAUUGGAAACAUGAAGCAACUCGAGUCCCUUGAUUUCUCGAGGAACUCUCUGUCCGGCGAAAUUCCUAAUAGCUUCACAACUAUGACUUCUUUGGAGUAUCUGAAUCUGUCUAGCAAUAACUUGACUGGGAGAAUUCCUGAAAGCACCCAACUCAGGGGCUUUACCGAGUCGAGCUUUGAUGGGAACAAUCUUUGUGGGCCGCCACUAUUUUCUUGCACUGAGGAAGGAGAAGUCGUUAGAGCAGCUGAUGCAGAACGUGAGAAGCGGGAGAUUGAAUGGUUUUACGUGUGCCUUAGCUUAGGAUAUGCUGUCGGACUUUCGCUUGUCGUCACUGCCUUCAUGUUGAAGAAGCCAAGGGAAGCGUACUAUGGAUUCUUACAGGACACGUGGGACAAUGUGGGUGGCAUCGAAUCGCCACUCAACCGCCACUUUCUCGCACCGACUCUUGAGAUAUUCCUGGGAAACUUUGACAGUUGGGACGGAGCUAUAUGA